AUGAGAAAUCGUAAAGGCGCCACUGAAAAGUCCCUAUUGAACACUCUUCUAAUCUGGCAGGUGUGGGCUGUCGCCUUCCGCAUUGACGACCGCCUCCACAAUCUCUUCUAUCCUCAGACCACGAGCGGCCGCAAAUGGAAAAUGACCGAAGCAAGCUCGCAUUCGAUUUAUGUCAAUUCUUUAGCAUGCGAUCACUGCCGCGCCAAGAAACUCAGAUGUUCAAAAGAGAUCCCCAGCUGCAAGGGCUGCUUGAGAAGCUCAGUGGCCUGUCAUUACAGCGGCAGAGCCCAUCGAUCACCCCUCACUCGCGUGUACUUGACAGAUGUUGAGAGUCGCUUAGAACGUGUUGAGAAGUUAUUUGCUGAACUACUUCCCGAUGUCGACAUUAAUCAAGCCCUUGGCGCAAGGGCGACGGGCACCCCAAAAAGCACAGCAUCAGAUCACUUCGCCCCACGAGGCCCAUCAUCCCAAACACCGGGGCAGCAGGUAUCCAGUCCUAUUUCAGAAGCUGUACCUGAGGAAUCAGAUGGGUUCGACUGGCAGGAAGACAUUGCGGUCCUCGCCGACGGCAUGGCUGCGCUGUCCGUCGAGCCCAGAGGCACGGGCUAUCUAGGUUCAACCGCUGGUGUGUUCUUCCUCAGAUCACUGCUCCUUCUUACUGGUCAUUCCGCCGCGCUUGCCGAUGACCAACCUAGACCACAGCGACUCCGACAGCACUUUUCCUCGCGCGAUCCUUCAGCCCAGUUAGCUGCAGUGAAUGUAUCGCGCCAGGUCAUAGUCGAUUUGGUUGAUACUUAUUUCUCUGUGUACCACUGUGCAUACCCCUUCAUUCAUGAACCAACUUUCAGAGCCCAGCUUCAUGAGGUCAUACCGCGGCCACAGCAAACCUCGUGGCAGAUGCUGCUCCACACUGUGCUGGCCCUCGGGGCAUGGUGCCUAGAUGAUGCUCAGGGGCAGCUCGAGGACCAACUUUACCAUCGAGCUCUCGCAUUCGGAGAAGACGAAUCAUUGUUUGAGAGCGCGAAUUUGACGUUUGUGCAAGCUCUUGUGCUGCUGAGCAACCUCAGUCAGAAACGGAACAAACCCAACACUGGCUCCAAUUUCCUCGGGUUAGCAACGCGCAUGGCGCUCAGCUUGGGUUUACACAGAGAGCUACCAGACUGGCGCAUCAAUAAGCUGCAACGUGAGAUGCGUCGGCGGGUUUGGUGGGGGCUCUACAUAUUUGACAGCGGCGCGUCGACUACCUUUGGCAGACCCAUUCUCUUGCCCGACACUGAAGCGAUGGAUGUCCGACCAGUUCUGAAUAUCCAUGAUGCGUCUCUAACCAGCAGGACGACCGACCAGCCUGCCGAAGUUAACGAGCCAACGCUCUACUCUGGCCUGAAGAUUCAGAGUGAUCUUCAUGUUCAUUCCAAUUUCAUCUCAAAUCGACUUCUUUCGUCGGUCGGUGUCUCUGCCGAGAGCGCGCUGUCAAUGGAUGCAACAUUGAGUCGAUGGGCGAAGACCUUGCCAUCGUUUUUCGCUCUCAACUACGAUGGCCAAUGCACGGAGUCGACAUUUCUCUUCACGAAGUCUCGUCUAUGGUGGCGCUUCUGGAAUAUUAGAAUAAUUCUAUUCCGACAAAUAUUGCUCCAACAAGCGGCUAGGAAGGGUGGGAUUGGCGAGCCUCUGAAUGCCGACUCGGCCGAAGAACAGUGCAGAAGCAUCGCACUCCAAGCAGCAACUGCCACGAUCAGAUCGAUCGACUUUUACACCAGGCACGGCGUUAUCACCAGGCUCGCCACUUGGUACCUGAUCUUCUUCUUAUUUCAUGCGUCCCUGAUCGUUGUUCUUGUCAUCCAUGGAGACCCCGAAUCAUCAAAUUUGGCUGAAUGGCAAGCUGAUCUCGAGAUUGUUCGUCAUGUUUUCGGCAGUGUCUUUGCCCACAAUCCUCUGGCAACUCGCUGCGCUAAUAUCAUCAACGAGAUCUUGCUCCCCGGUCAAGUCCCGACGUCUGAGGACUGGACGAACAUUCAGCUGGGAUCUUGGUCUAUGGAUCCAGUUCUAUGGCCAGCUGAACCUACCGACGACUUCUAUACCCUCUUCGGCUGGCCAGAGACAGGAUCAUUCCAGAUAUAA